AUGGAGCAAUUGGGACGUGAGGAGCAAGGAAGGACUUGGUAUAUGGAUUCAGCUUGGCCGCGGAUGCUUAGGAUGAUGAAGGAAGCCGUCUUGAAGUCAGAUCGACCCAUCCACUCGACCAACCGGUCGAGUUCGCCAACUCGACCGGCCAAGGACAACUCGAUCGAGCUGCUUUUCCAGGAGUCAAACAUUGUCUUGGGCUCGGGAAAGCACGGUUACUCACGGAGUCAAAAAAUGGUGUUUGCCGUUGAGAGUUCGGUGGCGGUGGGAGUCUUGGAGAGGCCAAAAGCUUGGCCAUCUUUUAAGAAGCAUUCUUCAGAGUGGUCUUCUUCUCUGUCAAGUUUCUCGGAUCGGAAAAUGUUGCUUGAACCUCAUUGUGCGAAUAGAGGGGUUUUUUUCAUUGCUCAAAGUGUCAUCAAAAGUGGCCGCAAGCAUUCGUAUGUUGCUUUAGGUCCUCCGUUUUAG